CUGCACCAAACCACACUGACCCGGCCCUAUUCGGCUGCUUGUCUCACUUCACUUCCCACUCCAAUCUUUGGCAGUCAUUGCCUAUUACAUUCGUUCUCUUCUUGGCUGCAUUGAGCUGUCAAUCCCCAGGUUUCGCGUCUCCUGUCGCAAUCUGAACCGCUGGAUCUCCGUCGACCGUCGGACUGUUCCCCCUCGAAUCGUGUUUGCCUGCCUACCUGGCUGUAUUUCCCUUUUCCUAAUUGAUUAUGUUUAUUCUUUGAAUCUUCUCUAUAUUAUACAAUCUUUUUAAUCAUCUUAUCGCUCGAAUUGACUCUUGGUUGAUAAGGAUCGGGCGGUCAAUUCUGACAGACGUUGAUCUACAUCCCCCGAUCUCGUAUCCGCCACGUACGAUUAAUCAACCGCAAUCUGCUGGUGCAUGCUUGCGCAGGCGUACUUCAAUCUCUGGUAGAGUGGCCGAUACCUUUUCCCUUCCCAAUUCAAUGAUGGAGUUUCGACAAUUUUGGCGCCCUCAUCGAUGGGCCUUGUGGCUGUUGCUUACUUCCUGUACCUACGCAUUCUACAUCCCUGGAUAUUCUGUCAAACAUUACAAUGACGGCGAACAUAUUCCUCUCCUCGUGAACAAGAUCUUCUCCGACAAUACCCAGCUACAAUAUGCAUACUUCGACCUGCCCUUCGUGUGCCCUCCCAGCGGCCGAACCCACGGCGGAUCCCCGUUUGGCUCCGGACAAAGCGUGUCACUUAACUUGGGAGAAAUUCUUCGCGGCGACCGUAUCAUGACCUCCGAUUUCGAACUGCAGAUGGGCCAGAACGUCGACUGUCGGGUGCUUUGUGAACAAGAGGUCGGACGGAAGGAUGUCAAAUGGAGCCGUCAACUGAUCAAGGAGGGAUACGUGGCGGAGUGGAUCGCGGAUAACUUGCCUGGGGCAACGAGCUUCGUGACCGUUGAUGGGAGUCGCAAGUACUACGCUACGGGGUUCAAGCUCGGGUUUCAGGAGUACUCGAACAUUGACGGCAAGCUACGAUACUAUAUCAACAACCACUUUACUAUUGUCAUCCGCUGGCGGUCGGCGCCUGAAGGCGGCAAGGCCAUUGUCGGCUUCGAAAUUCACCCAAAGAGUAUUCGCGCGGAGGAUCAUAUCCAGAAUGGCUGCCCGAAACAGGUGCAUGAGGCGCAUGACGGGCUUGAGCUGUACAUCCCGCCAAACAUCUCGAAACUGCGCGAGAUGUACCCUGGAUCGUCCUAUAUUCCCGAAGACGAUGAUGAGAUCGACGAUGGCGCCACCCUCAAGAUUCCGUACACUUACUCGGUCUACUUCAAGGAAGAGAAUGGGGUCGACUGGUGGAACCGCUGGGAUCUGUACUUCACCAACCAGGAGGAGGGCUCGGCAACCCACUGGCUCGCUAUUCUCAACUCUCUGACUAUCUCCGGUGUUCUUGGGGUUGCGGUCUAUGUCAUCUGGAGUCGGACGGUGCAGGGCGAUAUCAAAGGCCGCGGAGAUGGAGCUCUGGAGGACGGAAAGCUCAGGAUUCGUGGAACGAAGUCAAGAUCCUCGGAGCAAAAAGGUGAUGGGCUUCUAGAGCAGGGCACCGAUGUCGAGCGGGAUGCGGAUGUUUCUGAUGACGAAGGCCUGGAAGACAUCAGUGGAUGGAAACUGCUUCAUGGCGACGUGUUCCGGACGCCUCAGUUCAGCGGUCUUCUGGCACCGCUGAUCGGCUCCGGUAUGCAGCUGUUGUUCAUGGUUUCGGGGCUCUUGUUCCUCAGUUGUCUUGGCGUGCUGAAUCCCAGUUUCCGUGGCGGAUUCGUCAGUGUCGGCAUGGGUUUGUUUGUCUUCGCGGGAUUGUUCUCCGGGUACUUCUCGGGCAGACUCUACAAGACCUUUGGAGGUGUGCAUUGGCGCAAGAACACGCUGAUCACUGCCUUGUUCUUCCCUGGCCUGGUCUUCUGCCUCAUUUUCAUCCUCAACCUUUUCGUGUGGGCGCAAGCCUCGAGUACUGCGAUUCCUUUCGGCACUUUGGUUGGACUUCUGGCCCUGUGGCUGUUGAUCCAGGUCCCAUUGGUCUAUCUCGGCAGUUGGUACGGCUAUGUCCGCACCUCGCCAUGGGAGCAUCCAACCAAGACAACCUCCAUUGCCCGGCAGAUCCCACCUCAGCCUUGGUACUUGCACAGCAUUGGCGGUACCCUUCUUACCGGACUGGGUCCGUUUGCGGUGCUGUUCAUCGAGCUUCUUUUCGUGUUCCGUAGCCUGUGGCAGGACAAAAGCGGAUACUACUAUGUGUUCGGGUUUCUCAGUGCGGUGUCGACGAUCUUGAUGGUCACGAUCAGCGAGGUGACCAUCAUCGCCACCUACAGUCAACUUUGCGCCGAGAAUUACCACUGGUGGUGGCAGAGUUUCCUUACCGGUGGAAGCAGUGCCUUCUGGGUAUUCGGGUACUGCAUCUGGUACUACUGUUUCCACCUCCACAUCACGGGCUUCGUGUCUAGUCUUCUUUUCUUCAGCUACAGUUUUCUCGCAUGCACCGUGUACGGCCUUUUGACUGGAACGGUUGGAUUCCUGACGGCGUAUGCGUUCAUCCGACGUAUUUACAGUGCAGUUAAAGUCGACUAGUCGACUACUUCCCUUCAGCACAGACAUCGACAGGGGUCCGGCUGAGCCGCUUUGCAGAAUUUUCAGGCCCGGCCGAACGUCUAAAUCAGCAAUGCACCACCCACUUUACUAAGAUCCGAUGUCUGUCUGUUGACAGCGUGCAAUGCAUGGCCUGUGGCCAUUCAGCUGUCAACUUAAGAUAUAUAUAUAUAUAUACUUUGCCUUUAGCGAAUUUAUAUCAUCUGC